UUCAGGGUUGUUGAGAUUGGUCACGUGGACCUUUCGAGCAUUCUAACCUCUGUGUGCUAGUCCACUCCCGCCUUUUCCCGGGAGCUGAGUGUUAAUAACAAAACAGCAGUUAAAUUGUUAAUAUGGAGGACCACGAACUAGCGAAAAAAUCCAGUAAACAACCGGUGUAUGAGGACAACGACCAAGUGGUGAAAGAACAAAAAAAAAAGAAGAAGAAGAAGUCAAAACUAGAAGCAACGUUAAGUGCAACUGAUCUUGACGAUGAUUUAAAUGAUUCGGCACCGAAAUUACCGGAUUGGUUGGAGAUGACUGAUUCUGAGGAUCAAUUUCAGAAGCCCAAAGAGAGCAUGAAAAAAAAGAAAAGGAAAAUCGAGAGUGAAGCAUCAGAGGUGCACUCUGAAUGUUUCAACGACGUAAAUCUGACGAAAAGUGGAUUGGAAGAUGAUGAGGGGAAGAUUCAGAUCGAAUCCAAAGACUCUAGCAAGAAAAAAAAGAAGAACAAACGAGAAGUUGAAGAACCAGGGGGUGAAGCAACUGAAAAAAACCGACCCUCUCCGAAGAAAUUUAAAAAAGAAAAGACAGAAGAGGCACAUAUAGUCUUCCAAGAGAAUGGCCACGUGAUAGGUGCUGAAGGUUCUUCAAGUGCUGAAGGGACACCCGUGAAGGAAACACAUAAAAAUGUUCAGAAAAGUUCAGACAAGAGCCCACAGAAGAGUUCAAAAUCUCAUAAAAACGCUUUGAUUGGUUACUUGGAACUUGCUCCUAAUACAGAGGAACCAAAGGCGCCUGUGAAGCAGCGAAGUCCCAAGAAAUCCCCAAUCAAGUCUGUUGAAUCAUUGCUUAAACCUUCAUUUACCAAACAAACUCUGGACCAAAAGAGUCGAGAUCCAUCUUCUGUCCAAACUCCCGUAACACCGAAGAAACAGGUCAGGAAAAUCACCAAAGUUCCACUUGCAGAUCAGGUGACCUUGGGGGAAGAAUACAAAAUGAAAAAGGUAGAUGAGAAAUCCUGUAAGAAAUGCAAUGAGACUGUGAAGAUAAAAAAAAAGAUAAUGUUGAGGGACAUGGGAACCCAGACGAGUGAUUCAGCUUUGAUGAAUGGAAUUAAAACGAGAGGUCGUCCAAAAGCUACUCCCAAGGCGAAAACAGAAGAUCCUGUAUCUGUAAAGGACAGAAUAAUCGUCCCAAAACAGCCAAAUGAUGAGACAGAGGUGUACGAUCUCAAAAAUAAACGCAGAGCUCUCACUGUGGAGCAAAUAGACCGAUUGAGAGAAAUGGUGGUUACCUUGAAACAUCCAGUACCACCACAGCACGACGUUGAAAUAACUGCUGGAUGUCGUGCACUCACUUCAGAGGAGAAAAAGCAUUUCCAAAAAUUCGAAAAAUUGCGGACUGGAGUCUGGCAUAUUGAGGAGGAUAAGACGAUUCUGAAGAACUGGAGAAAUUUCUGCAAGAGGCACGACUGGAAUCCUGAAUUAACUCAUCCGUUCACUGCCUGGAGGCACAAGGGAGCGUAUUAUAUUCCCAGGAUGGAAGACAGAAAAAAGUUCCUCCAGUUUCUGGCUCAUGGGUUAUCUAGUAGAUCAUUGUAUCACGUGUACACCAGAUUUAAGAAUUUAUUCAGUACACAUAAAACGGACAGGUACACCCCGCUGGAAGAUAACAUUCUCCUGGAAAAGAUUGACAACAACUCCGGGUUGGACAAGAACAUGUACCUCGCAGAGCUUGCAACUACCCUGAACAGAACUCGACAAUCAAUCUGGAGGCGCUAUAAAAUAUUAAAACAGAAAUCUGAAGACGAUUAUUAGCAUGACAACAUUUUCAAUAGAUUACCAAAAUCUAUCCUAAUAACAAAAGGAUAUUUUUCAUGAAUAAAUGAUGACAAAAAACAAAAGAUAAUUAUUAAGCAUUUUGGUUUAUAGAAAAAAGAGGCAUACAAUGAUAAUUCUUUCUGACUCUUGUAUCAAAGGGUUUUUCAAACCAACUACAAUAAUCUUAAUAUCAUAUUCACUACUUCACACUAUUCCCUAAUUUUAUCGUCACAGUAUCCAACAAUUUCGUGUCUUUCAAUACUUAAAAAAAAUCAAUCAAUUGUAAAAUAAAUUCAGUCAUUUAUCAGCAUGACUUAAUGAUAAUCAGAUGAAUAAAAUUUUAUGAAUGAAAAAUCGAACAAA